AUUAAUUUUAAUUACAUAAUAGUGUAUGUCAUGCGUUUGUUUGGCGAUGGAGAAGACGGAUAACACACUGGAUAAGGAGUGCAGCGAGGGGCCAAACGUUGUCCAGAAGAGCACCAUUCUUGUCGUGUGUAAAGGCACUGUGGGCGACGUUCUUCCAGUGCUUCGUCUUCUGAUAGCUUGCAGAUCCAAUGAUGAUGUCAUUGCUGCUGGGACUGGUGCAGGCUCCCGUUUGCUGCCAUGGCAACUCAACGUCAUGUGCCAUCCUGACGUCAUGGUGCAGGUGCGGACUCUGCUCGGUUGUCAUGGUGACCAGCUAACAUGGCUGCCGUAUCAACACACUGCCGUCGAGGUGAGUAAACUACGAGAGGACGACGAAGGCAGACAGCGUGUGCUGAACACGGAGUUUGCACACUGCCUGGAGUGGUGCAGGGGCCAGCAACCACACCUCAUUGUCUUCAACCUGUUCUCGCUGGAUGCAUGGCUGAUUGCGCAACAUUUCUCAAUACCUACGUUGGCCGUAUCUCCUUAUCUGCCAGUGGAACAUAUGCCGUGUGAAGUGGAAGCGGCCAUCAACGCCGACUACCCGCUAUUCCUGUCUGGUCUCCGUGAAGCACCUCAGGGUUGCAUAGGGUAUGAGGACGUCCGUUUCUGGCUGUGGAGGUGUAUGCUGAGUGACUUUGGUGACUGCUGCACUGACCACGACAUAGACCCGUGUCCGCUGGUCACGGCAUUCACAUCUCCUUGCACUACCCCUACUGGGUGUGAUGCUGAUGCUCAUGAUGAUGACGAUGGCCUUGAUGAGCCUAGAGCAAAGAGACCCUUGCCAUCACCAGCAUCAUCACCAUUAUCGUCAUCUGGCCAUGGCCCUCUGCCGGAUCGACGGUUCCUGCGAGCAACUCCACUGCUUGUCACUGCACCUCAGUUCAUGAUUCCCAGCGGUCUCCAGUUUCCGAGCAGCACACACAUUGUGGAAUGUGGACACGCUAUGCAUUGUCGUAACCGCAAACUGGCGGAGCAGCAGGAACUGGCUACCAGCACUGCAUGUGUAGAGCAGGGAGGACGAGACCAACUGCCCGUGUCACUCCAGAGCUUCAUUGACAGCUGCUCUGUACCGCCAGUGUAUUGUGGAUUCGGUGCUAUGGAUGCACUCAAUGUCCUCACUGUGCGGGAAUGGAAGAAGUUCCUCUCCGUUCUCCUGCAAGUUCUGGCGGAGCGACAUGGUCACCCGUUGAUUCUGCAAACAAUACCAAACUCCAACCUCCACACAGCACUUUGUCAGAUCAUGUUAACAAGCAUUACAUCAUCAGUGAUGUCAUCACCACAGGUCCACACAUCCUCACACGUGCACACAUCGUCAGGAGGUGAUGGGUGGAAGCCUACCGUAAGCUCAUCUGCUUCACCGAUGACGUCAUCCCACCAGCGAGAACAAUCGGCCACUACUCAGUCCUUGUUGUCAUGUGAUCUACAUCCGGAAUCAGCUAUGAUGUCAUCAGUGAUGUCACCGGAUGGCGCUAGCUGUGGUAAGAGUACUCCAGCAGCUGUGAGUACACGCACCGAUACUUGCAGUAGUGGUGGUGCUGCUGGUGUUAGUACUCAGAAAAACAGCUGUAACUCACCGACUAUGAUGUCAUCGGUGAGUCAUACCACUGGUGCUGGAUGUGUCAGCCCAGCCAUUACAUCAUUAACUACUCGUGUCAGCAGCGGGUCUGAGUGCAGUCCGGCCAUAACAUCAUCGCUGACUGACGGCAGCAAUAUCCGUGAACGCGGCACCUGCAGGCGAGAUAGUGGAUUGCAUACACGUGCCGCUGCUGAUGCAGGCCAAAGUGGAAGGAGUUCUUGUGCUGGCUCCGAUAGCGAUGACUCUGUGCCGACUGUGAGACAGUACAUUGGCAAAUGUUUGUACGUGGUGACAGAUGUGUUAGAUCACGUGCCGUUGUUUUCACAGUGUGGUUUGAUAGUGCACCAUGCUGGUAUCGGCACUGUACACACAGUACUGCGGUCACGGCAACACACUCGCCAAUUACUCUUCCCCGUCAUGUUUGAUCAGGAGAGAAACGCUAGAGCCAUUGUGAACACACUAGAACUGCGCCAUCAACAGCAGCAACAGCGGCAGCGGCAGCAACAAUGUCCCAAGCAGCAGCAGCGACAACAACAGCAGCAGCAGCGACACCAGCAGCGACAAGAGCAGCAGCAGCGACACCAACUGCAGCAGCAGCAGCAGCGACGCCAACAGCAGCAGCAACAGGAGGAGCAACACCAACAGCAACAGGAACAACUGCAGCAGCAGCAAUGUCCCGAGCAGCACCACCAACAGCAGCAGGAGCAGCGACAGCAGCAGCCACAACGGCAAGAACAGCAGCAGCAACAACAGCAGGAACAGCAGCAGCAGGAACAGCAGCAACAAGAAGACAAUGUACAGUGCGGCAACCACAGGGCUGUGUUCUGCCAUCAUCCAACUCUGCUCAGCCGUACAUCAGAUCUACAUGGGUAUGUGAACCAGGCCCUGUCAGAUCAACACUUAUAUGUACCACCUACACACAUGUCAGCGUUGACUGCACAGAGUAGCAGAUCACAGAUCAUUGAUACCGUUACAAGCCAUAAUGAUCUUAGAAGCCAUAAUGAUGUUGAUAGCCAGGAUGUGUGCUACGUGCAAGAUGUCACACGGCAAAUAUAUAACUUGAUGCAGUAUAAAUAUAUAACUUGAUGCAGUAUAAAUAUAUAACUUGAUGCAGUAUAAAUAUAUAACUUGAUGCAGUAUAAAGAAUUGGCGUUGUAAGCUGUGUAACACUGUUUUUGUUGCUGGUUUGUUCCAUAGCUAUCUGCCAUGCAGUGUAAUGAUCAAGCUACUGUGGGACUCACCUAGUACUGUCCUGGACAUGGAAAUCAGGUCGCACGUCUAGCGGCCCCAGGGCGCUGGCCAUGCAGCCGUGAGUAAAGGCCGAUUCAUACUUCAUUCCGGUUUGUGGAAAGCCACCUUGCGACAGUCGCGCGAUGCGACGCGUUUCCCGUACGCGAAAUGAGGUAUGAAUCGGCCUUUAGCGGUGCACACAUGCAUUUAUGCGCUGCAGCAUGCUGGUCGCGUCGGAUCUGCACGCAGCGUGCUGGUCGCGUCGGAUCAACAUGUGCACUGCACGCAGAGUUCUGGACUGGCUGAAGGCGCCGGUCCCGGUCAUUUGACUGGAUUUCCAUGUCCACGACAGUAUGUUCUCUGAUAAUACUCACCGUGACGUGCUUAGCACAAACUCAAUUUUUUUUGCAAAAAAACACACCAUUUGACGGCACAAAGCAGCAAGGCAGCGAUGAGACAUAUUAUGGAAUGGCAGGAGUGGGGGAGAGGCAGGGUCAGCUUGACCGACCAUAGGGUCUCCGCUUCAUUGCAACCCAAGCGCCACAACCUCGAUACCUGCAACAUUAGCUAAUGGCAUGUUUGACACUGGAUUCAUACUACUUGAUCUCCGGUUGACUAUCAUCUCCACACACAUUUGACAUGCAUGCACCUCUUCUCUCUUUUAUACCCUAUCUCUUUAAUACCUUGUUACUGGGAAGAAACUGCCGUUUGGAUUUGAGAAAUA